AUGAAGCUUGCGAGAGCAUUUCUGAUGUUCGGAGCUCCUAACCACCGGUUGCCUGCGCAGAUCCAGGCGAGGGCGAGGGCGAGGGCGAGGGCGAUGGAUAUGGAGCUCAGUUGCAUUACGAGUAACAUCAAGCUCAUUCGUCAAGGUACCGCUUUAUCGUUAGGUAAGCUCCAACAGACAUACGACUUGUAUUGGUGGAAAGUCAUUCACGAUGAAGUCGGAGUUGGUGAGGCGAGUAGGAACUUGGAUGCGUUGAUGCAACAACGUCAGCCCUAUUCUUCCUGGCAGCUUGCGCUCUUUGGAGGACUUUGCUCGGCGGCGAUUUGCCAAGUUAGUUUUGCAGGGAGCUUUAUUGACGCACUUAUUUCGUUCCUGCUUAGUGUGCUUCUGGUCGUCGUUCAGAUCUUGAGCUCCUUAACGGCUCACUCGAACCCUCCAGUCGAAACAUCAUCUCAGGCUCUGUCUGACUCUGCUACGCUAUUAUGUAUGCUAUCUUCCUCGGCUUCGGGCUCUCCAUCGGUGGGACGUUGUACAAGAAGGUCACCCACAACCCUGUCAGCACUCCAGAAGACUACACCUGCACAAGCAGUCAUCAUGAAUACGGGCCUUGGAAUCGGGCGCCUUGGAGAGAAAGAGCUGCUGGUGACAGUGUUGAUUUCAUGCCUUGGGUGGACUUGUAAUCAUUUCUCAGCGUUGAAAUUUCCGAAUAGGAGUGAUGUGAGCUCGGCAAUUGGAGCGUUCGUCGUCGGCUUCGUUGCUAAUAUCUACGGCUGGUUCUUCUCUGGAAACGCAUUUGUCAUCAUGGCAUUAUUAGGCGUCUUCAAUUCAUUGGCAGAGGGAGUUGCAGAAAGAGAUUGGCAUCCAAACCGUGUACAGCACAAGUCCCUCAAAAUUGAGGUUGUUGUCAAACAUCAACUUCAUUUCAAACUCUGA